AGAAGCCCAGCCUGGAAAAGUAUAAGAGGAGGCAUUAGCAGAGCUCUCAAUCUCUCACACUUACACACUUACCUCUCCGGCAGUAUAGCACAGCCGCGCAGAGCUCUGUUUCAGCACAAGACGACUAUCACCGUUGCGUUCUUCGCUAGCACUGUUUCCCAUCUUCACGAGUCCACCCCCUCGGCUUUCUUUCUUUUACGUGUCUGCUGCUCGUCUGGUAAUGCCCAUGUGAGCUAGGCCUGUUCACCACUGCCGCGUCUUUGCCUUUGUCUCUGCUCGAGUUCUUUUUGCUCAGUCCAGAGCCCCCAUUGAAGGAGUCGUGGUAUUGAUGAAGCUCUCUUCAUAAAUAUCCGGCUGACGGCACGCACAACUUGGAUCAGGUUGAUGCGUAUAUGUCUGGAGCUGGGCGGAGUUGAAAUAACUUCUCCCUUUCAGACCAUGCAGUCGCAGCAGCAGCAGCAGCGGCAGCGGCUCAUCAGCUUGCAGCUUUGAUUCAAGCGCUGCCUCGCCUUCUUUGGAUUUGCGUUCAUUCCCUGGUCUCUGCUUUUUCCUACUUGACGAGUUGCUUUCUCGAACUCUAACGUCCAACAGCAACAGGCAGCUUUCGGCUUGGCGAUAGGCAGAUAGGAAUUUUGUCUUGCGUCUGUAUGCAGUAGGUGUUGUUGGAUGACACGCGCAUGAACUGUUGACGACGCUGCUCGUUGUUAUCAAGCCGAGAAGCUGAGCUGCACGCACGAACUUUGUGUUAGUCGCAAAGAAAGCAGCUAUGUCUUACCUCGCGCCGCGCUAACCGAAGCGAUAAAGGCGCGGCAGUGAAAGUCACACAUAAUUUUCUCGAGCAGGAGCGGCAGCAGCAGCAGCAUGGUUUUGAUCGGAGUCCUCAUCGCUUGUGCCUUAGUGCUGUUGACGUUUCCUGUGUUCCUGGUGCAAUGGAGCCUGUACAUCGCCCAGAGUGGCAGUGGUAAAAUUCCCAGAGGCCGCUGGUGGUUCAUUCCCUGGCUCGGCGAGAGUCUCCACUUCUUCUACAAGAGUCCGGAUCAGUUCUUCCGCGAGCGUUACGCACGGUUCGGAGAGAUCUACAGGACGCAUAUCCUGGGAAGUCCGACCAUAAUUACGUCCACCCCGGAGCAUGCCAAGUUUAUCCUUGCGACCAAGCAUAAGUCUUUCAAGGCGAUAUAUCCCCCGUCCAUUGACAGAGUCCUCAACCAUCCGUCCUGGGAGGGAGCCUUCCACCAGCGAAUUCGGAAAAUUGUCCAGUCCUCCAUGCUCUCCGAGACGAUUCGGGACAGCAUUCCGAAGUUCGAGAGUCUUUGCAGAUGGUGUCUGGAAGACUGGAACGAGCGGGAGUUUGUUGUCACCCACGACGAGACUCGAAAGUUUGCCUUCCACGUUGCGCUCAGCAUCACUUGUAGUAUGGCCCCAUGCGAGGAGUCGAUGCGGUUGCUGGAUAGUUACGGAAUCCUCUCCAACGGCGCGAUCUCGAUGCCAAUUAAUUUCCCAGGAACUGGAUUCCAUCUUGCUAUCAAGAAAAGCAAGGAGAUUCUGACAGAUUUAACGAGCCUCGUGAAAAGAAGGAAAAGCGACACGGCAACUACUUACAGUGAUAUCUUGGGGUCGCUUUUGGCUUCAAAGGAUGAUCAAGGUACCAAGUUCACGGACGACGAGAUCAGGGAUAUCCUCAUCACUUUUCUCUUUGCUGGACACGAAACCACGGCCGUGUUCCUCGUGUGGAUCGUCAAGUACCUUACGGAACACCCAGAUAUUCUCGAACAAGUCAGAGACGAGCAGGACCAAAUAAGGAGCGCAAGAGAACAUCCAGAGAGUCCCUUGACAUGGAGCGAGAUAAAAAACAUGCCAGUCUCGUUAAGGGUUGUACAAGAAUCUCUGAGGCUGGCAAAUGUGGCACCAUUCUCGCCGCGUGAAGUAGUCGAGGACGUCGAGCAUGAUGGUGUCCUGUUUCCAAAAGGAUGGAAAGUCCAAGUCUACUACAGACAUUUCCAUUUGAAUCCCACGUACUUCAAGGAUCCCCACAAGUUCGACCCCUCCAGAUUCCUGACGCCUCCAAAGCCUGGGAUUUACACGCCCUUUGGAAACGGGAUCCGGCUAUGUCCUGGAAGCGAAGUCGUGAAAUUGGAGGCCUUGAUAUUCAUCCAUCUUCUCGUCACAAACUACAAUUGGAAGAUUGUGGGUGGCGACUGUGGCGUCCAGUACUGGCCGACGCCGAGACCCAAGGGAGGCUUGCACCUCAAAGUCUGGAAACGAAGCGAUUAGAACACACACAAACACGCACAGAGAAGAAACACACAAAAAAAAGGGGGAAAGAAGUUGUAAGAUAGCCUUUUCUUCGUAAUAACCCUGUGGAUAAGCACCUGGGAGGGAGCGGCGCGCGGCGAUUUCCAAGCAUGUGUGCACGCGAUUUGGUUUUGAUCAUCCCGCUUUGAUUUGUAAGCGCGCAUUCUUUGUAGAGGAGAACCGAUUCAUUUGCAAGCGCUCAAAGAAAAACCUAGAAUAACCUUCUUUUCCCGCAAAUUUUUAAACUCAAUAAGAAAAGCCCUAAAUUAUAAGCC